AUGACCGCUGUGCAGAAAUUCGCCCAGAAGGUCGAUGGUCACCACCAUGAUUUGCUGAACCCAUAUAGCCGCCUACGACGGCGCCGGCGGACAGCUCACGAGAAGUCCAGGACCGGAUGUAUGACCUGCAAGGCGCGCAAAGUCAAAUGCGACGAAACAAAACCCUACUGUCGAAGAUGCACUGAAUCUGGUCGCGAAUGUGAUGGACCUAUCUCUUCUGGUCUUCGCUUCAUCCACGAGGGUCGCACAGUCUCGGAAGGCAACGGCUUGUUCUACCGGCCCGAGAUAUCUCUGGCUACUCCUCAACAUGACAGCGCGGAGCAACGAGCAUUCCACCACUUCCUUCACCGCGCGGCACCCGUUUUCGCGGGUGUUGUAGAUUCUCCUUUCUGGCUUGAUCUUGUUCCCCGCCUUGCCCAAUCCAAUCCAUUUGUCUGGGACGCCGUGGUCUCGAUCAGCUGGCUGUUCGAACAUGUCCCCUACGAUCGCUUGGUGACCAAUUUGGACGCGAGGCCAGCCGUUAUCGUCAGCCAGGGUCACCGACAAGCACUGCAAUGGUACACCCGUGCCAUCGCCAGUCUGCGUCAACACCUGGAACAGGGCGAAGUCGAUGCACCUCUCGCCCUCGUGAGUUGUAUUCUAUUUGUUAGCGUCGAAUACCAACAGCGGAACAUCGGGAAUGCUUUGGUGUUGAUGGAAAUGGGCUACAAGCUCCUAGCCCAGAGCAUCUCGGCCUCCUCAUCACGCAUGCAAUCCUUACCAAACAGUAGUGUGGUCGGUGAAGUCGUCACGCCGUUCUUCUCCCGCCAUGCGGUCCUCGUGGCCACGCUGGGGAGUCCCCUACCACCCGACUGGAGUUGCUAUGUUGCGGAGAACACUGGCACUCUACAACGUACGACACUGCUUGCAUCCCUAUCUACCCUCGACGAGCCUAGGGCGCACCUGUACAGCUUGACAUACCGAGCACACGAGGUCAUCAGAGCGGAACAGUUGAGGCCUACCGAGCACCGUAUCAUCCGGUUACAACGCAUGAAACAGGAAUUGAUACUGCAAGAACUCAGACAAUGGGAGACGGCUUUUGUCAACAAGUGGAGUCACGACAAGAGGACGGAGAUCCUGUGGGCCGUGUCGAGUCUUCUCGUCUACUGUGGUGUCUGUUAUAUCUGGCUGUCGACGUGUACGAGCCCGCUGCAGACCGCGUUUGACGACUAUAUGGAUCGGUUUGCCACUAUCCUCAAGCACGCCGAGAAGGUGCUCGAGUACAGGGUGGAUUCUGCAACGGGACGGCCACGGCCUAUCUUCACGUCCGCACCCGGACUGGUUCCCCAUCUGUACUUCUGUGCUACCAAGUGCCGGGAUCCUUGGUUGCGGCGUCAAGCACUAGGGCUCCUACAGCGAGCGCCCGCAGGGGACGGUCUGUGGGCAUCUGUCGCGAAUCCGAAAGUGAUUGAAAAAAUCAUAUCCAUCGAGGAAGGCGAACGUUAUCAUGUAAACAGCUCUCAACCCAAAGACGCAGGGCCACUUCCGUUACCGCCCGAGGAAAAUCGCAUCCAUCAUGUUGCCGUUGUCAAGAAAGAUGUCUCGGGGAGUGCUCCGCGCUUAGCGCUUCAAUUGAGCAAAUGUACUGCUACCCCUGAUCGGUCGAAGGCGACGAUCAGUGAGAACAUUUGGCUAGAUCUGGGAGAAGACAAUGAGGGCCCUUGA